ACUGAUCUCAAUGAUAUGAUAAUUAUUAAUAAUAAUAGCACACAUCACUGGUUUUAUUAUAGAGAUCAGUGGCACACAUGCGGUCAAGUUUUUUUAAGACAGAACUGUGUGGCCUACGUUUAUACGUACAUGUACAUAACGUCUACGGUGUAGUGCUGCAAAAUGUAAACUGAAGAUUGUAUAGGGCCUACAUUAUUAACACUCUUCUCAAGUACAUUCUGAAUCUUCCAAAGGAUCAACCUGAGCCAUGACCGGCAAACUACAGGUAUUUGAGGUGGUCUUUGAUGGGGACAACGUGGAUGUGUUCAGGUCAGGAGACGUCGUCAAAGGCUUCAUCAGGCUUGUACUGCGAGGAGAAAAAGGCAAUGUCAGAGGUAUAAAAAUUUCCUUCAAAGGUAUCGCCCACACCCAUUGGUCUGAGGGAAGUGACGAUAAAAGGAGGUCAUACUACGGACAUGAAGUCUACUUCAAAGAAAAUUUAAUCUGUUUGGGAAAGGGAAAAGAGGACACAACAGCAACAAGGAUGUGUCUGGAGUCCGGCGAGCAUCACUUUCCAUUCUCCUUCCAGAUCCCAAACAGGCCGCUACCAUUCCCGUUCGAGUCCCACACUGGCUGGAUCCGCUACAAGGUGUCCUGUAAGAUUGACCGGCCAUGGAAGUUUGACCACCGGACGGAGAGGCUGUUCACGGUGAUCGGUAUCCCCAUUGACCUGAAUGCCAUGCCCAAUGCGAGGUACCCUGUACACCGGGAGUCCUCCAAUACUGUCUGCUGCCUGUGCUGCGCCACGGGGCCCAUCCUUACCAAAGCCUCUACCGAUAAGAGCGCCUACGUGCCAGGAGAGAGUAUCUACAUCUCGGGAACAGUGGAGAACAACUCCAGCCGAGACAUUGUUAAUCUCACAGUCAAACUCAUCCAGGUAGUCUUGUACCUCUCAAAUGGUGGGCAUCGCUGCAGUCGAUCUUACACCAUCAUCAAGGAGAAGGCCCCCGGAUGCAGGGGAGGAGAGGUGGCUCGGUUGGACUGGAAGCCCCUGUUGAUUCCCCCGAUCCCUCCUACCGGCCCUCAGGGCUGCAACAUCAUCCGGAUCGAGUAUGUGGUGCAGUUUGAAGGGGAUAUCAGCAACACCCCACUAGAUGCUCACGUGAUGCUGCCGGUCACUAUAGGAACGGUCCCCUUGCACCAACCUAUGUAUGGGGACCCUUCAGCAGUGGUGAUUAAUCAGCCAUCCAGCAUUGACAGCGCCCCACCCCUGCCGCCACCCCCCAGCUACGAGAUAACCGUUGGUGGACCCCAGGAGAUACCCAGCAAGAGUGGCUAUGACUACACCUUUGGGAAGCUCAUGUUUGCCCCUCAGUACCCAACCUACAACCUGCCGGUGCAACCACCAACCUGGGACCCCGCAUACCCACCCAGCAGGGCCAGCCCGCUUACCCGCCUAGCGACGGGCCAGUCUACCCUCCUGUCAGCUAGGUAGCAGGCGUGCAGCUGCCCCUAGCAGUGUUGUAGUUGGGACUUGGUGAGACUAUCACAAGACCCCACAAAAUAAAAAUAAGACCAACAUAAGACUCUCAAAUUUAUAUUUAAAUGAACAAUAUAAUUGGUUGUGAUGCAUAUCUCAGGACUGGCCUUGUAUCUAGUCUUGUAACUGAUAUUAUGACUGGCCUUGUGACUAAUUUUAUGAUUGACCUUGUAACUGGUCUUAUGACUGGCCUUUUCUCUGGUCUUAUGACUAGCCUUGUGACUGGUCUUAUGACUGGCCUUGUCUCUGGUCUUGUGACUGGCUUUGUGGUUGGUCUUGUGACUGACAAUAGACAAUGUAUGACGUUUCAGCUGGUAACCCAUUUUCACUAAUCAACUAUUUUUCUUUCUAUAGAGCUGUUGGUUAGCAGAAGUCCCAGCCAAGUAUAUUCGGACACUGCCUUAGCAGGUUUUAGUGCUUGGCAGUGCUCACCCCAGCUUUAGUGCUGGAUAGAUUUAGGAAGCAGAACGAUUUUACCUUUGCCAUAAUGCCUCGCAGUAAAUCCUGGCCCAGUUUCACCCAACAAAUGCAGCAGAAUAUUAGUGACACACUGUAAUGUUACUCAGCACAUUACGUGACUUCAAAGUAAAGUGCAAAGGUAGGGCUCCUGGAAAUCAACGCAGUUGCUGAUUUCUAAGCGUUUCUUUAAUUAAGUGCUCUUAUACUGAGUAUCCAUCUCGUCAAGAUCAGGUCAAGAUGUCCAGACGUUCAAGCUGUAUGGAAAUCGGACAUGAUUUCCUCAUGAGAUCAAACUGCCUGUGGAGGUUACUCCGGAAGUCAUCUGUUCUGCCCAGAUGUGUACACAAUUCGCUUCUCAUUGAUUUUAAAAUCAAUUUCAAUUUUUUUUUACAACAAGUUGGAUGCAGCUUUUGUCCUGUAGACAGGGGACAGUUCUUUCACCACUUUCCUUUUUAUCUUGAAAAAAAAUUCAACUGUUAUAUAUAGAUAUGUGAUCUUACAGUAACAGAGUGUAAGUUGUUAUAUAUAAGCAUGCAUUUGUAAAGGCAUUUAGAGUACCUAAAUUCCAAGUUUAGGAUGUAUAUUUUUAAUAUAUGUCCCCAUUUUUCAUAGUUUUCAGUCCAAGUACCAGACAUUAUUUUUUUCUUUCUGAAAAGAAGUGCAAUUUUAUUUUCUCUGAAAUAUUUUUAUCCCUCCUCGUUUGUUUAUUUCAAACUUAUUUACCCUAUACAGGUGCCAUUGUACAAUUCAGGCUUGUGGCAUUUGAUGAUAUGGAAUAUAGCCAUAAUUGAUGAAAUACGUAUUGUCAUAAUCAGGAACAAGUAUUCAUAUUCCAGAUUCAAUACUUUCUGCUUACGUUAAUGGAGAAAGUGUGUCACGUCACACAUAGGCUGAUGGAGAAGAGGUAAACGGGACACUGCCCCUCCAAAAUAAGCAAAACCUUUUUGAAAAGAAAAUAUGUUCUUUCCCCCAUAGCAAGUAAAACCUCCAGAAUUUGGCCUCACUCCCGAGAAAGCCCAUGAAGAUUACAUGAAGAAAUCCUGGAAAUUUGUGCCCUCCCCCAAAGUUUUUGGUCAACCUUAAUUAGGUGCCGAAUUUGUAUUCUCUUUAUUGAUACGGGAAAAUAUCAUUGUAAGUGUGUCGUCGCAGAUUAGGUUAACAAGGAUUCUUUUAAAGUAUGGUAUGACUUGGUGUUUGAUGUGAUGCACAUGAAUUCAAUCGUGCCUUAUUUACUGGGCAUCUGACUUAAUUGUUUGACACUUGAUGUAGAACAUAUUAAAAAAUCCACUCUUUUUUGGUUUUUUAACUAUAAUUAUCAACAAUGAACAGAUACUGAAAUAAAUGACACUGUAUCCACGAUUUCGGAACAUUUUA